AUGAUAACAAAUAGUAAUGAAGCACUGGCAUUAAUUGAAGAUCGUAUAAAACAAGAAGAGAAAGAUAAUGCAAAUUUACAAGAAACACUUCGCAACUUAUCUGGAGAAGAAAAAGCAAAAAUUGCAAUUCCUGAAACAGCAAACUUUAGAAUGGGUAAAUCUAGAUUUAAUAGAACUCUUCAAACAGACGUGAACUUUCAAAAGUUAUAUCAAAUUUUACUUCAAUCUCAAGCCGAUUUUCCUGAUAAGUUCGCGUUUGAACUUGCAGAUCACAAAGUUUGGAUAAGAACAGAUGCCGAUGUCAAAGAUAUGUUUGUUAAUCAUUUUGGACGAAAGGACGAAUUCAUUAAAUUUAUAGAUACUUGCGAUCAAGAAUUUUGCGAGAUCACUGCACUUAAAUUAGAUGAAAUAAUUUCUUUUGAGGAAGAAUGCGUUAGAAUUUAUCUUGGAAUUUUGAAAUGCGACUGGUUCUUAUACCUAUCAGUUCCCACUCGAUAUACAUUUGAAGAACUUAACGAAUAUUUACUUAAGAUCAAUCCUAAACUUAAAAAUAUAAGGUUUAUGGAUUGCGAUAAUAAUUUAAUUUCAAAUUCUGACAAUGAUGCUUGGGAUUAUAUUAAAUGCGAUGCAAAAGAAGGCAUUGACCAUGGAAAGUUCAGUGCGAUUAUCAUGGAGUAA